GAUGCGGGCCGGAGCGGGGCGGCCGGCAGCGGCGCGGCGGCUGCUGGUGCUGGCGCUGCUGGCGGCCUGGCAGCCGCCGCCGCGGGGAGCGCGGGCCCAGCGCCCGGCCCCGGACACAGAAAACAGGACGGGUUGUGUCCCUUCUUCUUCAUCGGAGUUUCCUGAAGGAUUUUUUACACCGCAGGAGAGAAAGGAUGGAGGAAUCGUUAUCUAUUUCAUAAUUAUACUUUACAUGUUUCUGGCCGUGUCCAUUGUGUGCGAUGAUUACUUCCUACCUUCUCUAGAGAUCAUCAGUGAAUGCCUUGGCCUCUCUCAGGAUGUUGCUGGAGCAACUUUUAUGGCUGCUGGAAGCUCUGCUCCAGAGCUUGUCACCGCUUUUCUAGGAGUCUUCGUGACAAAGGGAGAUAUCGGCAUCAGCACCAUCCUUGGAUCAGCAAUCUAUAAUCUUCUCGGUAUUUCUGCAGCUUGUGGGCUGUUAUCCAGCGUGGUUUCAAGGCUAUCCUGUUGGCCGCUGUUUAGAGACUGUCUGGCAUAUACAAUUAGUGCAGCGGCAGUCCUUGCGAUGAUAUCUGACAACAGAGUUUACUGGUAUGAAAGUGCAUCCUUAUUAUUGAUAUACAGCUGUUACAUUCUGGUACUAUGUUUUGACAUUAAAAUCAACCAAUAUCUCAUGAAAAAGUUCAGUCCCUGCUGUACGUGUUUUACAAGAGCUAUGGAAGAAAAUGCUGAGCAGCAGCCACUGGGUGGAUGGCAGGAAGAGCAUGGACCUCUAAUUCGUAAACAGUCAAGAACAGAUAGCGGAAUUUUUCAAGACAAGCUGGACUACUCUCAACUUUCAACAAGCUUACAUGGGCUUGAUGAAAUCUCUGAAGAUCAUCCAAGUGUCUUCACCAUGCCUGAAGCAGAUAUGAGGAGAAUUUUGUGGGUGUUAUCCCUUCCAAUUAUUACACUACUCUAUUUGACUAUACCAGAUUGCAGAAGACAGUUUUGGAGGAACUGGUUCAUGGUGACAUUUUUCAUUUCAGCAGCAUGGAUUUCUGCAAUAACUUACGUUCUUGUAUGGAUGAUAACAAUAGCAGGUGAAACACUGGGAAUUCCAGAGUCAGUAAUGGGUCUCACAUUACUAGCAGCAGGAACAAGUGUACCAGAUACAAUUGCAAGUGUGCUGGUGGCUCAAAAAGGAAAUGGAGAUAUGGCUAUGUCUAACAUUGUAGGAUCCAACGUAUUUGAUAUGCUCUGUUUGGGAAUACCCUGGUUUAUAAAAACUGCCUUCAUAAAUACAUCAGGACCCAUAGAAGUGAGCAGCAGUGGUUUGACAUACACAGCCAUUUCUCUCAUCUGUUCUGUUGUUUUUGUUUUUCUGGCAGUUCACCUGAAUGGCUGGAAAAUAGAUAAAAAAUUGGGAGCAAUUUGUCUUGUACUGUACUUAGUAUUUACUGUAUUAUCAAUUUUAUAUGAACUUGGCAUCAUAGGGAACAAUCCUACAAGGGUCUGUGGUAACUAGUUUUAAUCAGUGAUUAGACUGAUGAAAAAAAAAUAAAAGCAGGAGAGAAAGAUCAGUUUCUUCAUUUAGUCAAAAUAAAAAUUUCAAAACUCCCAUUGGGCUCUAAAUCUUAUUUACAGAACUAAGUCAUGUCAUUAAACUAAUAUUAAGUAGAACGAAAACAUCACAGCCUAAUUGGAGCCCUUUCUUUUAAGAGUCAAGAAUUACAGUAUGACUACGACGCACAUAUAAAAACAAAAUUCUGAAAAA